AUGACAGAUACUCCUGUGGAAGAAUCCCUCUUCCAAAUCAUCCACUGCUAUCACCAGUACGCGGGGCGGGAAGGGGACGUGGAGACCCUGUCCCUGGAGGAGCUGAAGGCCUUGCUCAUGGACAACGUGCCCCGCUUCAUGGAGAGCUUGGUGUGUGGGGUCUGGGUCAGCCUGUGGGGCCGGAAGGAGCCGUACUACAUCUCGGAGUUGUUCCGUGCAGCAGACAAGAACAAAGACAACCAGAUCUGCUUUGAGGAGUUCCUCCAUGUCCUGGGCAAGCUGAUGAGGGACUAUCACCUCCAGUACCACCGGCAGCUCUGUGCUCACUACUGUGCCCAGCACGGCCUCUAUUAG